AUGAAGUCCUUCACAGCUACCGCCCUGGCGGCCCUCUUGGCCCAGCAAGCCGCCGCCCAUUCCACCUUCCAACAGCUCUGGGUUGACGGAACCGACUUUGGCAGCCAAUGUGCCCGUCUUCCUCAGUCCAACUCUCCCAUCACCAACUAUAACUCCAAUGACAUGCGCUGCAACAUCAUCGGCACCAGACCCCAGGUCAAGUGCCCAGUCCGCGCUGGUGGUACCGUCACUGUUGAGAUGCACGCUCAAAACGGUGAUCGCAGCUGCUCGCAGGAGGCUAUUGGUGGCGCCCACCACGGCCCCGUCUCCGUCUACCUCACCAAGGUCUCUGACGCCCUUACCGCCGAUGGUUCCACCGGCUGGUUCAAGAUCUUUGACGAUGGCUGGCGCAAGAACCCCUCCGGCCGCGUUGGUGAUGAUGAUUUCUGGGGCACCAAGGAUCUCAACGCUUGCUGCGGCAAGAUGAACGUCAAGAUCCCAUCCGACAUCCCCUCGGGUGACUACCUCCUCCGUGCCGAGGCCAUUGCCCUCCACGCUGCCGGUGGUGCUGGUGGUGCUCAGCCAUACAUGACCUGCUACCAGAUCACCGUCUCCGGUGGCGGCAGCGCCAGCCCCCCUACUGUGUCCAUCCCCGGACACUUCAAGGCCUCCGACCCCGGCGUCCAGGUCAACAUCCACGGUGCCAUGACCAACUAUGUCAUCCCCGGUCCCGCUGUGUAUGCCGGCGGCAGCACCAAGGUUGCCGGAAGCGCGUGCAGCGGCUGCGAGGCCACCUGCGCUGUCGGCAGCUCCCCCACCACCAGCCUUACUCCCCCUGUUUCCACCAGCACUCCUGCUCCCGGCAACGGCGGCGGUGGCAGCCCCGGUGGGUGCACUGUUCAGAAGUACGGCCAGUGCGGUGGUCAGGGCUACACUGGCUGCACCACCUGCGCUGCUGGUUCGACUUGCAACACCACCAACCAGUGGUAUCACCAGUGCGUGUAA